UCAGAACACCAUUGAAUCUCGAUUCACCUUCAAGAGAAAUGAUGAAGCGUCUUGUGCCAACGUUCAACCGGAUCCUGGUGCAGAGAGUCAUCCAUCCCGCUAAAACCGAAAGCGGUAUCCUCCUCCCUGAGAAAGCCUCCAAGCUGAACUCCGGAAAAGUGAUAGCAGUGGGACCCGGUUCGAGAGAUAAGGACGGGAAAUUGAUUCCGGUAUCGGUUAAGGAAGGCGACACUGUUCUUCUUCCAGAGUACGGUGGUACUGAGGUCAAGCUCGGCGAGAAGGAGUACCAUCUCUUCAGGGAUGAGGAUGUCUUGGGAACCUUGCACGAGGAUUGAUUGAUAAGUUCUUGUUGUCGUUUUGUGUGAUGGGAUGAGAUGAGAAACAAGUCGAUUCGUUUUAUAAGUUAAUGAGUUUAUCCCUUGAAGAUGUGGUUGGACAUUGUCUUUUAUUAAUUGAAAUUUUUACGUUUGUGGACUAUCUUAAUCCCUUUUGAAAUCUAGUUUCCAAAUGAGCAUCAGUCUUUUAAUUCUAACCUUUUAUGUGCUUUUUCCUUAGUCUGAUGAUGGUUUGAUUGGGGCUGCGUUUUCUUGAUCAGUCUUAUUACUAGAAGCUUAGCUUUAUUUGACUGCU